UUCGACAACUACAACUAUGCUUAGCAGGAACAUAACACGUCUAUUGGCUUUAGCAGUUGGUGCUACUACUGCCUUAGGAUUGGGACUUGGCCUAGGACUCGGCUUGGGACUUAAGAAAAAGUCUGACUCCCACAAUGCCAGUACCACUUCCAGAACCACCUAUUGGAAGCCAGAAUCAGGUACAACAUGGGAUUAUGUCCUCCAAAACCCUCCAAAGCUCUCGUCUACAAACGAGAGCAUCGAGGUAUACGAUAUCGACUUAUUUGACAGCUCGGUGAAGCUCAUCAAAGACCUUCAAGAUGAUGGUCACAAGGUGGUAUGUUAUUUUUCAGCCGGAAGCUACGAAAACUGGAGACCAGACGCUGACAAUUUCACGGCUGCCGACCUUGGAAACGAUUUAGAUGGCUGGAAGGGUGAAAGAUGGCUCAACAUUUCGUCACCAAGCACCAGGAGCAUCAUGAUAAGCCGUCUUGAGAUGGCCUUGGAGAAAGGUUGCGAUGGGGUGGACCCAGACAAUUUAGAUGGAUAUGACAAUGACAACGGCUUGAAUUUGACUCACACAGACUCCAUAAACUAUAUCAAGUACCUUGCAGAUGAGGCUCACCUGAUGAACAUGUCGAUAGGGUUGAAGAACUGUGGUGCUAUAAUCGAUUCUGUGAUUGACAGUGUUGAGUGGGUGGUGGACGAGCAGUGUGUGGAGUACGACGAGUGUGACCUCUACCGGCCCUUUAUAGACCAGAACAAGCCAGUGUUUCACGUGGAGUACCCUAAGGGUGAUACCGUUGACAAUGACAACAGUGUAAAUGGAAGUACUUAUAGGGAGAUCUGUGGGUUUAAGGCCGCGCAGGGGUUUUCUAGUAUCAUUAAAAACAUGGACUUGGACUACUGGAUAGAAAGUUGUUAGAUAUGACCAAAUAUGACCAGAUCUGUAAAAAUGUAUACAUGCGCAGAUA